CGACCGCGGCUGAUGUAACACAAUUAUAGGUACCUUAGCCAUUGUGCCCGGUCGAUACUCGCGAGCUUCACGUGCAUAAUAUCAUUCCGACGGUGAUGUGUGAUGGGAUUGUUUUUAUUUAUUUCUGUUAACACCUCAGAUCUACCUAUAUUAAUUUUAUUCUAGAUGUCAAUGAUUAAAAACAUGAUCAAACGAUAUGAAUAUUGAUAGUGUUCCAACAAAAUUAGACAACAUGAAUAUUGAUUGUGUAAAUACAAAAUCAGACAAUAUGAAUACUGAUUGUACCAUAACUGAAUCAGGCAAUAUGAAUAUUCGAUGAUGUAAAAACAGAAAGCAUGUCACCCUGCAAAUUAAAGAAAUCUGAACCGUAUGAUAUUUUCAAACAACUUCCACUUGAAAUCAUAAAUAAAAUUGUCCUACAUUUAGACUUAAAUGAUGUUCUGAACUUGAAAUUAGUGAACAAGAUGUGGCGAUGUGUAUAUGUAAACCAAAAUGAGAUAUGGGCAAGGAUUUGUGAGGAUUUAAAUAUACGAAUCAUUGAUUAUAGCCGGUGUCUAAAUGAUAGGUCAAGACAUGAUUCAGAAUGCAUAGGAUAUGCAUGUGUAGCUUCAGAAAAAUUAUUCGGUCCUUUAUGUGAUUAUUGGCAAACGUUUAAUCAUUAUAUAAUGAUUAUAAAGAAUAUAAAAAACAAUGAUUUUCCAACCAUUUAUAUACGUCGUCCGUGUGUAGAACAAUCUUAUUGUACUGAUGAUUAUAUAGUCAAUAUAAAUUGCCAACUCAAAGACCCAGUUCAAAUAAUUAUUUUAAAUGGGGCAAAUAAGCCCAUAAACAACAAAAUUUUGCCAAUAUUUAAUGAAUUUGAAAAAUUGAUUAGAUUGAGAAAAUAUCCCCUCAAAGUAAUUGGUAACAAAAGGUACUUGGUAUUUGAAAUUUGUUCAAUUAUAUUCGUAUAUUCAAUCUCGAAAACUCAAUUCACCAAAAGAUUUUUUAAAGUGAUACAGAAAUCUGUUGAAUAUGGCUUGAAUGAGGAUGACUUCAACGAAGAGUUCUUAAAUAAUCAUUGUGACACCAAAUUUGAUUUAUAUGAUCAUAAACUAGCAAUGGUGCACCCAGCUAUUAGUACAUUAUUUUUAACCGAUUUAAGUACUGGAAAAACAUAUAAAGAAUUGGAAUUUAGUUCAAGAAAAUGCAAUGUUGAUAGCAUGAAAUGCUCUGAUUAUAGACUCAUGAUUGGAAUCACAAGAAGGAAAAAAAAAGGCUUAAAAACAGAACAUUUGGCAAUUGUUUAUCACAUGAAAGGAUGUACACAAAACAAUAGAUUAAAGAUACCCUUGUUAGGGCCUGUUACUCAGUUCAAGGUGACCAGCAAUUGUAUUGGAGUAGAAAACACAGGUUCUGCAACUCCAUUUAUCACAAAGCAAAAAAAUUCAUACUUAAAUGUGUUUUGGCUUGAAUGCGAUACAUUUUCAUUUGACUGUACUAGAAAGUAUAUUUAUUAUAAUGUUAAUCAAAGUAUAUUUCAGUAUGACCUAUUUAAGUCCAUGUUGUCCAAAUUUGAAGUAGUACAAAAAAUAGCUGUCGAUGCAAUUUCAAAUCUCUUACCUCUAACACCUAUAAAUGAUAGAUAUUUGUUAGUUCGAUCGACUUUUCCAAAUUCAUAUGAUAUAUUUGAUGUUAAAGAACAUGUUUGUGUUAGGUCAAUACAAUUAACUGCAGGGUAUUCAUUAGUUCAUGUGGGUAAGCUAUCUAUAAUGUUCUCUAAUUCCAGUCAAUUUAUGGUAAUUGCAUUUAGUUAAUUAUGUAAUUUUUUUUUUGUACAACAGUUUUUUAUAUAUAUAUAUAUAUAUAUUAUGAUUAUUAUUUUAAACUCUAUUACUAUGCAAUGUUUAUUGCAAAUGAUUAUUUGUUUAUUAAUUAUGAAUUUAAAAACAAAAAUAUUUUUGAAAUUAUAAACUAACUGAAGGUUAUUUGGUUAGAUAAUUGGGUUAACUUACUAUGAUUGUGUUCAAGAGGAUAAUAUAUUCAUUUGUAGCAUAAUAUUUGUAUAACAUUUUUUUUAUUAUUUGAUUUAUUUGAUUUUUCUUAUAUUUUGUGUUAGAUUUAGUAUUACAUUUUCAUUUGGAUUGUACAUUUUUUUUCAAUAAUACUGCUUUUUUCUUUUUUUCAUUUGAAAAAAAGUGCAUUUUACUAACAUUAAAUUUACUCUAUGAAAUUAAUUAAAAUAAUUACUGUUUGUCAUAAAAAAAAAAAAUGUAUUCAUUACAAAAAUUAUUGUUAAUACUUAAUUGUUGUAUAAGGUUAAUUUGAAAAAUAAUUGUUUGAAUAUAUAAUUUAAGUUAAUAUAUAUUUUAAUAAUUAGGUAUUAUAAUAUAUUAGUAUAAAGUUGUUAAGUAAUUAAUUUAAACUUAUCAUUUAAUAUGAAUAAAAGAUUUAAUUUCUCAUCUAA